UUUGCAUUUGCCACGCAAAGCACAGCAAAAAAAACCAUAUAAAAGUUAACAGAUUUUACUUACCUCUUACCUUACCCCACGUCAGAGUCAGGAAUCUACUACGUUAGUUUGGCAGUCUUUUCGUUUCCGAACUCUCAGUCCCGUUAAAAAUAGUUAAAAAUUCAUGUUACAGCUCUUAUGAAAAGAUGGAUAAUUUCGUGAAAAGUAUUUUAGCACAAACUAGUGAAAAUCUAACAGAAAAUGCCGGAAACAAGACGGAAAGGACACCAAGUACGCCGGAGGGAAUGGCAGUGGCUUAUGGUAGCAUUGUAUUCAUGGCUAUGUUGCCCAUCAUUUUUGGUUCUUACAGAUCUGUAGUUUACCAUAAGGAAAAAAAACCAGAAAAAAUGACCAAAAAAGAUGCAGCCAUGUUCCCAAUAAUGGCUUCCUGUGCUCUGUUCGCCCUGUACAUAGUCUUCAAACUAUUCUCUAAAGAAUACAUUAAUCUAUUGUUAACAGGUUAUUUCUUUUUCCUAGGCAUUUUAGCUCUUACCCAUUUAUUAAGUCCUGUUAUAGGUAAUCUAGUUCCGGCCGCAAUACCAAACAUUCCGUUCCACAUCACCUUCAAACAAGGAGAAGGUGAAACUGCACAGUACCUGAUCGACUAUCGUUUUUCAACAUACGACGUGGUCUCUUUGGCAGCUUGCUCUCUAGUUGGAACCUGGUACUUGCUGCAAAAACACUGGGUGGCCAAUAAUCUAUUUGGUCUAGCGUUUGCAGUAAACGCAGUAGAAUUGUUGCAUUUGAACAACGUGGUUACUGGAUGCAUCUUGUUGUGUGGAUUGUUCUUUUACGAUAUUUUUUGGGUGUUUGGUACUGAUGUUAUGGUGACUGUAGCUAAGAGUUUCGAGGCACCAAUCAAACUUGUCUUUCCUCAAGAUCUGCUAACCAACGGAUUAGCUGCCAACAAUUUUGCCAUGUUAGGUUUAGGCGACAUAGUUAUUCCGGGCAUUUUUAUUGCUCUCCUAUUGCGAUUCGAUCUCAGCCUGAAACGCAAAUCAAAGUUUUACUUCCACGCUACCAUAGUGGCUUAUUUCCUAGGACUGAUGGCCACUAUUUUUGUGAUGCACGUCUUCAAACACGCCCAACCCGCUCUAUUGUAUUUAGUGCCAGCUUGCGUCGGUACUCCGUUGGCUUUGGCUUUGAUUAAGGGUGACCUGACGGCGUUGUUCAAGUAUGAAGAUUCUAUUGAUGAAAAAGUUGAAGAGAAAAAGAAGGAAGCUAAAGAUGGCAAACAACAAGCUUCAGGCAAAAAGGAAAAAGUGAAAUAGAACACUCGAUUUGAAUCUUAGUUCAAUAUUUGUUUUUCUAGUUUUUUUUUUUUUUAAUUUGUCAUUACUUCUGAGGUAUUUUUAGAGACUAGGAGCAAAAUUAGAUUUUGUGCCUCAAAAGUCUUGUCAUCUUUAGUACUGAUUUGAUAUACUUAAAUGUCUCUGUUUAAUCUUCCAAGUAUUUUUUAUGUUUGUUAAUGUUUUGUUCUUCCAUUUUGCGUACCUUUAAUAUAUUUAGAAUACAUUUAUGAAAUUUGUUAUAUUUUGUGAUUUUUCAAAUAUAAAUACAUUUUUUUAAAAAUG